AUGCAACAGAAUACUUCUCCAAUUCCUCUACCACCCUACAAUCUUAAUAGGCACCCUAUCGAAACAUGGCAAGAAUGGUACCUCAGCAACCAAUCGAUGAUUGAUAUUCAAGUGAACCUUUCUAAUCAAAUCGAAACUUACGGUUCAUCGGUUGUUGGUGAUCCUAUGUUUGAAAUCCGCACUAUCGCACCUUAUGAAUACACCGAUUCAUUAAAUCAACGCCAAAUUUGGGAGCCUUAUCUGACUGGCCGAGAAAGAAAAGAGUUUGAUACUCAUUUAAGGACUUUUAUGGCUCAAAACAAGUCAGGCAGACUAAGGGUACGCCCCGUUCCUAUUAUCCCAUCUCAGCCAAACUCCCCGACAUUACAAUUCCGUCCAGUACCUUCCUCCCAUUCCCAUUCUUCUUCAUCAUCUUCAUCCUCAAGCACACGGAAAUCCCAUGUUUCGAAAAAUAGUGGAGGUAGCAGUAGUCACACCAGCAGCAGUACUAGUGGGAGCAGCAGGAGCAAAUCCUCCAGCAGCAGUCAUAAUGGAAGUAGCAGCAGCAGUAGCAGAAACAAGUCUUCUAGCAAUAGCAGCAGCAGCCAUGGUGGAAGCAGUAGUUCCCAUCGGCGAAUUUCUCCAACCAGUAGUUCCAACACGUCUCCAAGUGAAAGCUCGGCAACUGCUAGUGGGUACUUUAACGCCCCAGGGAUGGGUCAAUUCCAAGUGACCAACACACCAUUCCCACAACCAUCAUCCUCUUCCUAUUACACUACUUCGAGGCCUCCAUCCACUUCUGGUUCGGUUACAGCAUCUUCAUCACAAUCUUCUACAGGACAAUCAUAUCAAUAUUCUGGCUCUUCUUCAUACCAAUUUCAGAGUGGGUCAUCAUCAUCUUCAUCAUCACCUCCGGCAUCUUCACCUGGAAACUCGCGAACAUAUUCUUUUCAAGGUUCUCAAUCCUCUUCGCAAUACCAGCAACAACAGCAGUUUGCUGCGGGCACCCAGUCCUCUUCAACUUCUCAGCAUUCUUCACAUGCUCAGCCACAACACACACAAGAUCCCCAACAAUACCAAUAUCAAUAUUGA